AUGACUGACAGAAAAAGGAUUCUGGAUGAGAUGGAAGCAGUACAGAGCCUCCUGCCUCCAAACUGCACCGCCCAGCCCUACAUCUCUGUCCUCAUUAACAUCACUCACUUCAUCUUGGAGUCUGGCCAAGGCAACAUGAGUCUCUGGGCAAGUUUUGAGAGUGCAUCAGAAGAAAAUGUGUCCAUCAUUUUUGGUCAGCUGGGAAAACUCUUGAGCACGCUUUGGCCUCGUAUCAUGGGAGGCCAAGGGUUACAUACAAUGGCUCCAUCUCUGGAGGGCUUUGUUCAUCUUGCACCAGUCCUAGAAGAGGUGAUGACUGGAAAAGCAGACAAGGAAACAUGGGACAAACUUGAAAAGCUACUAGAGUCCCUUCUGUCAACCCUCAAAGGAACAGAGCUGUGGGACGGCACCCCAUCUGUUAUCCCACAGUUUGAGAAAAUCAUAAGAAGCUUGGUGAACACUGUGCAGGCACAAAACGUGAUGAUACAAAGCCUUCAGAUGCCUGUGGUGGCCCUGAUGAGAGAAAUUGCACAGUCUGCAAACUCCACUCAUUUUAACUUGUCUGAGAUCUCCCAAAGAAUGCAGCCUGCCAUUGAACACACGCUGGAGCUAGCUGAGCAGGCUAAUGGCACGUUGAAGUGCAGUGAAGUUCUCAUAGCAUGGGAGCCUGUAAGAGAGGCGGCAGGGCUGAGCCCCUCCGCCAUGUCUAUGUGGUGUGACAUCCACCUGCAGCCUGUUCUGGAGGCCUAUGCUGAGGCCCAGACCGUCUACGCCCCCAUGAACACGAGUCACAUGGGUGUGGGACCAAUGACAGUGAGCGCCACAGCUGCCAGGAUCGUCAAGAGUGUACAGUCCCUCUACCAUGCCAACAUGAACAGCUCAAUUGUGUCACAGCAGCUCAUCAUGGUGAUCGUCAGCCAGCUCUCUGGGCUUACAGGCCAGUCUCUGAGCCCUGAGGCAGAGCUUUACUGGUACAAGCAGCUCCAAGAUGUGCAGCUGCUAAACAGUUUGAGUUCUUUCAAAAUGCUCUCUGAAGAGCUGGUAAACGCGGCCCCAUUCAUCCAGCCUUACACUGAUGCUUUAGAGGAAGCACUGAACCACAUCCUGGGCAACUACGAUUUUUUUGAAGACAGCAACUCAUCCGAAGACAUCUUCAGAGAAGCAGCAAUGAUCUUCCUAUCAUCUGCAAACAUAACAUUGGACAAUUCCAUGAUGUCAGGCAAUUUCUCUGGGCUCAAUGUAGAAUCUCUAACCAACAUGAUAAAGGAAGCUGUCCAACAGAUCAUUGACAUGCAGAUAUUUGGGAAUGAGCCUAUUCUUUACCAAGCCUUGGAGCAGUUUCUGGCAUCCAACGAAUCAAGCAUGAUUGUGCAGAAGGUGUUCGACAUGGUUGCAUGGUUGGCCUCCACUAAAUCAUCUGGGUUUGACCUGCUGACUCAGGUUCUGCCUAAAAUCUACGACAUAGUCAGGCCUCUCCUGUCUGUUCUGACCCAGUUGGGUUUGGACAUGUCUUCAAACAUGGAGCUGUUUGAAGACCUAGCUGGAAACAUCAUAGCAAUGCUGAGGCAGCUGGUAAGCACCAGUGGUCUUCUGUCCCCCAAGGACCACCGACCAAGUAUGUAUGGAAUGAGCGGUGGUAACCAUACAACGAGGGUCCGAAACCGACGCGAGGCCCCAUCGAUGAUGGCAAGGGAUCCCAUGGAUGACUUCAUAGACAUGUUCUACAUCGACUACCCUACCAUGUUCAAAGCCAUUUCUGUUCCUGUUUCUACAAAUGAAAUCCUGGAGACUGUCCACUUGUUCUUUGCCAAUCCUGAUAUGAACGUUGUGGUGAAGGGAGUUACAAGCGACAUGCCGUGGGGCUUGAACGCCUCUCGGGAAGACACCAUUGAUGCUGCCCUUCGCCUGCUCUCCUUCGUCACUCUGCCUAGCAUGUUUCAGAUGUAA